AUGUCUGCUCUCGAAGCCAUCAAGUAUUCCCGGGGCAAGUUGGAGGUCCUGGACCAGCUGAGACUCCCUCAUGAGCACCACUAUGAUGAGGUCUCCACCAGUGAGGAGGCCUUUGACUGCAUCAAGACCAUGAGAGUCAGAGGUGCUCCCGCUAUCGCCAUUGUUGCUGCUUUGGCUGCUUCCGUUGAGCUCCAUAACGGCAGCUGCACCGCUACGAGCCCCGAGGAGGCCAUCAAGUACAUUGAUGGCCGUCUGGACUACCUCUAUGAGUCCAGGCCAACUGCUGUUGAUCUUGGAAACGCCGUCAAGUUGCUCAAGAAGACUGUUCGCGAUGUCAAGACUGAGGGUCUGACGGAUGCCGAGGCCAAGGAGGCCAUCAUCAAGGCUUUCAUUGAGGCCUCUGAAGAGAUUCUUGCCAAGGACCUCAAGACCAACAAGUCGAUCGGUGCUUUCGGCGCCAAGUGGCUUCAGGAGCAGUACAAGAUCACCGACGACAGCAAGAUUACCGUCAUCACCCACUGCAACACCGGCUCUCUGGCAACCUCCGGCCACGGCACCGCCCUCGGCAUCAUCCGCACCCUCCGCGACGAGGGCCUGCUCAGACACGCCUACUGCACCGAGACCCGCCCUUACAACCAGGGCAGCCGUCUGACUGCUUUCGAGCUUGUCCACGAGGGCAUCCCUUCCACCCUGAUCACCGACAGCAUGGCCGCCGCCCUGUUCCGUCUGCGCAAGGCCGAGGAGAACAUUGCCGCCGUUAUCGUUGGUGCCGACCGUGUUGUCCGCAACGGUGACACUGCGAACAAGAUCGGAACAUACCAGCUCGCGGUCCUCGCUAAGCACCACGGCAUCAAGUUCAUGGUUGCUGCCCCUACCACCAGCAUUGACGUCGACACCUUGACCGGUGACGAGAUCGAGAUUGAGCAGCGCAAGCGUGAGGAGUUGACUCAGAUCAGCGGCGCUGUUAUUAACGCGGAUGGCUCUAUCGACACCAGCAAGUCUGUCAGAGUGGCGAUUGCUGACCAGAGAAUCGGUGUCUGGAAUCCUGGUUUCGAUGUCACUCCCAAUGAGUACAUCGAUGCCAUUGUUACCGAGAAGGGCACCGUAGUAAAGGGCGAGGAUGGCAGGUUCCACUUUGAGGACUUGAUGCCUGAGAGAUUCCAGCAACAUCCAACCUCCUCCUCCUCUGGGGGAACCUCCCUCCUCUCCCCCAGCUCUGCCUUCGUCAUCGACAACCACCACUACCAACACCCACUCGUCGUCGAUGACUCCUCCUCCUCUUCUAUCUCUCCCCUCAAGAUCUUCACCUCGUCUGGCCCAUCUGCCAACAAAGAAGAUGCGCCAUCCUACCGCAAGAACCUCCUUUCCCUACACAAAUCCCUAAUCGAAAUCCCCUCCAUCUCCCGCACCGAGCAAGAAGUCGGCAAGUUCCUCCUCGACUACCUCCGCAACAACCUCGGCUACAUAGCCAAGGCCCAAUUCCUCGAAGGCAGCAGCUCCGACCCUUUUUCUCAAUAUGACGACGACGACCACUCCCAGGGGCGCUUCAACGUGCUCGCCUGGCCUUCCUCGCACAACCUCUCCAGCCCGCGUGUGCUAGUAACCUCGCACAUCGACGUCGUCCCACCUUUUAUCCCCUACCACAUCAGUACCUCCUCCGAGUCAGAUGAAGAAAUCACUUCCGACGCUUUCAUCAGCGGCCGCGGCUCCGUCGACGCCAAAGCCAGCGUGGCCGCGCAGAUCGUUGCGGUCGAAGAACUCAUCCGCGCCAAGGAGGUCGAUCCAGCCGACCUGAUGCUCCUAUUCGUCGUAGGCGAGGAGAUUAGCGGUGAUGGGAUGAAGACUUUUUCGGUCGUUUACAACGACGCCGAGAAAAGCAAAAAAGAGGAACUCCCGCGCUUCAAGGCCGCCAUCUACGGCGAACCAACCGAGAACAAGCUCAGCUGCGGCCACAAGGGGCACACGGGCGGUGUUCUCAAAGCCACCGGAAUCGCGGGCCACUCAGGCUACCCGUGGCUGUUCAAGAGCGCUACGGAAAUUUUGGUGAAAGCGCUCGCGAAGAUCAUCGAUGCAGACCUGGGCAGCUCCGAGCGCUACGGCAACACGACGGUCAACAUCGGCACCAUUGCCGGCGGCGUGGCAGCGAACGUUAUCCCCAAGGAGGCUAGCGCUAAGCUGGCCAUUCGCGUGGCGGCGGGUAACCAGGCCACUGGCGCGGAUAUUGUUAGGAGCGCGGUGGAUAAGAUUCUGAAGGAGGUCGACGAGGAGGCGUUCACGAUGGAGUGGGCGGGCGGGUACGGACCUGUCGAGUGUGAUUGCGAUGUGGAUGGGUUCGAGACCAUGGUGGCCAGCUACGGAACGGAUGUGCCAAAUUUUGAGGGCGACCAUGUCAGUUAUUUGUAUGGACCGGGAAGUAUCCUGGUGGCGCAUGGGGAUGAUGAGGGGCUCAAGGUGGGUGAUUUGGAGACGGCGGUGGAGGGGUAUAAGACGCUUAUCAAGCAUGCGCUUGGUGCUUGA